AUGGGAAGUUCCUGGACGACCUCAGCGAAUGACACUUUACGUGUACUCUUGGAUUUCUUUACGCCGCUAUCUUUCGUUUCGGUGUUCUUGUGGUCGGCCUUGGGAAUUGCGGGUGCAGUCGCAGCUUUGACAGGGGUGUUUAGGGCUGACAUCAUACUGUCAUAUUCGACAGUCGUGGCAGGUUUAUGCGCAUAUGGAACCUGCAAAACAAACUCGUGGCGAGCCUUGGGUGUCUUUGUAGAUUUGAUCUUUGGAGCAGUGGCCACGAGUGCAGAUGGCCUAGCCUUGGAUGAUUUGACUGGCUUGCUGUAUUUAUUUGCGCAAUUGAAUGUCUCGUUCAGGUCAAAACCAAGCUGA